UUUCCUGUGGUGCCGCCGGUAGCCGCCUUGAGGCGCCAACAUGGCGAUGGAGAAAGGACUGGGGAACUUGGGGCGCUGCUGGGUGUGGUUGCUGGCGACGUUGCAGGCGGCGUCUGUCUAUGGAGCAGAAUUGUCAUCCGAAGCCUGUAGAGAGCUGGGCUUUUCCAGUAACUUGCUGUGCAGUUCUUGUGACCUUCUUGGCCAGUUUGGCUUGAAUCAGUUGGAUCCAUUCUGCAGAAAGUGCUGCCAAGAAGAAGCUCAAGCAGAGAUCAGAAAGCUCUAUUCAGGAGCAGUUCUUGAAGUGUGUGGAUGAAAAUUAGGGAGGUUCCCUCAAGUUCAGGCUUUUGUUAGGAGUGACAAGCCCAAACUGUUCAGGGGACUGCAGAUCAAGUAUGUACGUGGUUCUGAUCCUGUACUGAAGCUUUUGGAUGAUUCUGGGAACAUUGCUGAAGAGCUGAGCAUCCUCAAGUGGAAUACAGACAGCGUAGAAGAAUUCCUAAGUGAAAAACUAGAACGGCUCUAAAAAAGAAAAAACCCUCUUGAUUUGUGUGUGUGUGUGUGUGUGUGUAUUAAAGGCUUUAUUUCUCACAUCAUUUUUCAUCAUGGUAAUCUCCUCAGACAAAGCGUGAUAAACCCUGGAAAUCAUUACAGCUUCUGCAUUAAUUUUAAAGCUAUCCUGUAUUGUGUGGUACUCAACAUCUUUUAAUUAAAAGCAGAAGCUUCAUGUACAACACGUUUGACAAAUAGGCAGGCUGAACAAAUGGCCUGUCGUGGUACAUCUCAACUCAUCCUAGUGGAUGGAAAUCAUUAAUGAAAUGCUUUGAGAUAAAUGUAAUGCAAAUACUGAAAAUUGUUAUAAUUUGGCCAUUUUUUUAAACAGGCAAAUCUAUUUGUCAGUUCCUUAUAACUGAGAUGAUUACUGUGCUUUUUAAAUAUAUACUGCCACUCUUUGUACAGCUAUAGGAAUUUGAACUAAAUAAGAUGUACUCUUCUUUCCAAAGAGAUGUCUUCUAGCAUCCUCAGCAUUUUGUAUUUCCCAGCUCUCCUUUUUAUAGAACCAUUAUUUACGUUAUACAUAAUGAAUGCUUCUUCUUGAAAAAAAUCAUUUGCACUCUUCUUCAUAUACAGGAACUCAUGAUCUGGAGUGACUACAAACUACUAGCAAAAUGCACUUUAAUGAUGACUACAUAGAAAGCCUUUAGCAAAAGGCAUUUGUAGAUCUGAUGUCUAGUGUAUUUUUGUUAAGUGUUUCCAUCUUCAUUCAGCAGACAUGGGUUCAGUGAACAACAAAAAAAUCAGCGAGAACAAUAAAUUACUUUGGAGAAUCUGUA